UAAGAAAAGGACAAUAUUAUGAACUACCAUAAGGAAACACCAUCGUCACAAACAAAGGAUUCAUUAACAGAAAAACUAAAAAUGGCACCUUUCUCCAAGGAUACAACAACAAUCAGCCAGGAGGUGUGCGAAACAGAAUGGCCAUCAGAAGAUACGGCUACUACACCUAUUGUGCCUUCAGGAGAUCCUGAUUUAUGUAAGACUGAAAUCCCAACCAUGUCGUCAACUUCAUCCACCAGCGGAAACAGUCCAAAGCAAAGACAAGAACCCGAUUUUGUAAAACUUAAUACAGCCGAGAAACGUCGUUUCAAGAAAGCCUUGUCGGAAGGACUCUCACGAAAAGAAGCUUUGGAAAGGGCCAAAAAGCCAACAGAACGGAGAAUUCCCUUAAAACGAAACCCAAUGCCCGAAACUCAUUCAGGAGAAAUAACAAAGAGAUCCCGCCUUGAGCAGCCCUGCUCUAUAAAUAUGGGUAUAAUACCCUUGGAUUUAUAUGAAAAUCCCCUCACCACCCAAGAUUUGGAGAGGCUUCAAGAGGCCAUAAUAGAUGCGACCAUUGAAACGGGUUGUGCAGUGAAACCCCAAUUCGAGGGAUGUUAUCCACGCCGUGGCUGGCUUAUGGUCAGCUGUAGUAAUUCCAAUACUGCUAAGUGGCUGCAGGAGAAUGUCGACAUAAUCAAAAGAAAAUCCGCUUUGGAUUUACGUAUCAUUGAAGAAUUGGAAUUCCCUUAUACCUAUUAUGUUCAUGGAAAAUUUCCCAAUAGCCAAGGGCUAGCCAAUGAUAAAAUCCUGGGCACCAUUGAGGCCCAAAAUCAGCUAAAAGCCUCGAUGUGGAGAGUUUUGCAAAGAAAAUGGUCGGAGGGUUCAAAUGUGGAACUUUCACUUGCCGUCGAUAGGAAAUCAUGGGAACAAUUGAAGCAGACCAAAGGUUACAUUGCCUAUAGAUUUGGUCACAUCUAUUUAAGACUGCAGCAGGGAUAUGAAAAGGAGGGCAGAGAAGAAACAAGCUUUUCGAAAUCUAGUCGGGAGGGGUUAUCAGAUCUACCCUCCACUAGUAAAGAAGCAAGAUCCCGAAAUUUCUUCAGUAGCUCCUUCAAUCCAUUCCAACACCCAAAUCCCAUGGCAUCAGUAACUCAUGGCCAUAGUUCUCCCAACAUAACAAUACCACCACCUCCUCCUGUCCCAACUUUUUCCCAAUAUCGUCACAAUUUAUCAUGGCAAGGGGAUACCUUCCAGAGAUUCUCCUCCAACGAACCAAGCCAAAAUUUCCCUUCAGAAGAGCUUUCCCGCGGACCAUUUUCAAAUGAACAGUCCAGGAGAUCCUCUACAAAUAUUACCUAUCCCCGCCUACCCUACAAUCGUCGUGGUGACAAUUCACCCAGAUAG